AGCCGUUGUUAUUGUUGAAACCUUAAAUUGUCAACACUCACCAACAACAACAACAACCGAACCUCUUCCAAUGGCCACCGCCGAAGAAUCUCUCCGCAAAUGCCUAUCAGAAAAACUCUCCGCAGUCGAAAUCCAAAGCAACACAGUCCGUUCACUAAAAUCUUCCUCAGCUCCUAAACCUGACAUCGACGCCGCUGUUCAAGCUCUUAACGCUCUCAAACUUGAGAAAUCCUCCAUCGAAAAGUCACUUGAAUCUCUUCUCUCUGCUUCCGGCUCCAAUUCCCGUAAAGCAUUCCGUAAAUCAGUUGUUAACACACUUAAACGCCGUUUCUUUUACAACUCGUCGUUUCAAAUUUACGGCGGCGAAGCCGGUUUUUUUGAUUAUGGACCUCCUGGCUCCGCUGUUAAAUACAAUGUUCUCUCUUUUUGGCGUCAGCAUUUUAUGUUGGAGGAAAAGAUGCUUGAGGUUGAUUGUCCCUGUGUGACACCAGAGGUUGUUCUGAAAGCUUCCGGCCACGUGGAAAAGUUUACCGAUCUCAUGGUGAAGGACGAGAAAACUGGAACGUGUUACCGUGCCGAUCACUUGCUCAAGGAUUAUUGCAAUCAGAAGCUUCAGGAGGAUCUCACAUUGUCAUCAGAAAAAGCUGCAGAGCUGAAACACGUGCUUGCCAUGCUGGAUGGUUUCUCAUCUCAAGAACUUGGUGCUAAGAUUAAGGAGUAUGGUAUCACUGCUCCUGAAACCAAGAACCCACUCUCUGAUCCUUACCCUUUCAAUUUGAUGUUUCAAACUUCCAUUGGUCCCUCCGGCUCAGCUCGUGGGUUUAUGCGUCCAGAAACUGCACAGGGCAUAUUUGUUAAUUUCAGAGACUUGUACCAUUACAAUAGAGACAAGCUACCCUUUGCUGCUGCACAAAUUGGACAGGCUUUUAGAAACGAGAUAUCCCCCCGUCAAGGGCUUCUCAGAACCCGUGAAUUCACCUUGGCAGAAAUUGAGCACUUUGUUGACCCCGAAGAUAAGUCACAUCCUAAGUAUGCCAAAGUUGCUGACCUCGAGUUUUUCAUGUUCUCGAGGGAGGAACAGAUGUCUGGUCAGUCUGCAAAGAAAAUCCGUCUUGGGGAAGCUGUUUCAAAGGGUAUUGUUAAUAAUGAGACUCUUGGUUAUUUCAUUGGGAGAGUAUAUCUCUUCUUGACGCGUCUCAGUAUAGACAAAGACCGCUUGAGAUUUAGGCAGCAUCUUGCCAAUGAGAUGGCUCAUUAUGCCGCUGACUGUUGGGAUGCUGAGAUUGAGUGUUCCUAUGGUUGGAUUGAAUGUGUUGGCAUCGCCGAUAGAUCUGCAUAUGAUUUGCUUGCUCACUCGGAGAAAAGUGGCGUUCCGCUGGUGGCUCACGAAAAAUUUUCAGAACCUAAGGAAGUGGAGAAAUUGGUUAUAACUCCUAUCAAGAAAGAAUUGGGCCUUGCAUUCAAAGGUAGUCAGAAGAUGGUGGUUGAAGCACUUGAGGCAAUGCGUGAGAAAGAAGCAUUGGAUAUGAAGGCCGCUCUGGAAUCAAAAGGUGAGGUUGAAUUUGAAGUGUGUACGCUUGGGAAAACUGUAACUAUUAAUAAGAGCAUGGUGAGCAUUCACACGGAGAAAAAGAAAGAGCAUCAGCGAGUUUUUACACCAUCUGUGAUUGAACCAUCCUUUGGGAUUGGACGGAUAAUAUAUUGUCUAUUUGAGCACACUUUCUAUACAAGGCAGAGUGAAGCUGGGGAUGAACAGUUAAAUGUAUUUCGCUUUCCUUCACUUGUGGCUCCUAUUAAGUGCACUGUUUUCCCUCUGGUUAAAAACCAGGAGUUUGAAGAGGUUGCCAAUCUAAUUUCCGAGUCGUUGACUGCUGCUGGAAUUUGGCAUAUGAUUGACAUUACAGGUACAUCAAUAGGAAAACGGUACGCAAGAACAGAUGAACUUGGUGUGCCUUUUGCUAUCACUGUGGAUUCAACAACUUCAGUGACUAUCCGGGAGAGGGACUGCAAGGAUCAAGUGCGUGUUGACGUGGAAAAUGUUGCCACUGUUAUUAGGGAGGUAACCGAAGGCCAGAGGACAUGGGAAGAUUUGUUAAAACUCUCAGGUGUACUUACUGCUUGUGCUUCUCAACCUGCUGCCUCAGAUUCCGUGUCAUCUGCUGAGUUUGAGAAGAUAAUGGGCUGAAUUGGCUUCUCAAAAAGCUCAGAUUCAAGAUCAGUCAGCAAAGAUUGGCCUCCUGAUCAAUCUAGUUUAUUUAUUUAUUUUUAUGUUUUUAUUUUUAUUUUUGGUCAAGUAGUCUAUUGACUAAAAUUCUUUUUUUUUCUUUUUAAGGGGAAUAAGUGAGCGUGAUAAUUUUAAUGUUAUCUUGUUGCUAAUCCAACUAAAACUAAGGAUAAAAAUACAAAGAAUAGAUAGGAUAUGAUUUACUAAUAGGUUUAGUUUAUCAUUUUCUCUUGGUGCAUCAAACAAUGAAUUUAAACAUGAUAAGAUAAUUUUAUCAUAUAUCAUGCUUUCUUA